CACAGCUAACAAUGAUCCAGAUACGCCUGUUACAAAUUUUCCUUCGCCGUUUAUUGCUGCUCGACAUGUUCGCAUUCGCCUGGAAACUUCGAGUCCACUGAGGGUAGAGUUCAACGGCUGUUACGAAGAUGUCGAUAUUUGUUCUUCGCUCCCGUGUUUAAAUGGCGGAACGUGCGUUGAUAUAUUUGAUAUUUACAAUUCUUUCACUUGCGUCUGUUUGCCUGGAUUUACUGGGGUCUAUUGUGAGUCAGCAUGCUUGGAACCGCGGUCUCUCGGCAUGGUCAAUGGUCAUAUUAAAGAUUAUCAAAUAACUGCGUCAUCAACUGACCGCCUAAGCUCUUACUUAGCAAACCCCUUUGAAGCUCGUAUUAAUAACACGAUAUUUUCACGAUGUGGUUGCUGGUCACCUCAGAGUAAUUCCACUUCUGAAUGGCUCCAGGUUGAUUUUUUGAAGCAGAUAGCGGUUACCGCCGUUCAAACGCAGGGAAGGAACGACGUAGACGAGUGGGUUACUCAAUAUCAAGUUUCCUUCAGUCAAGAUGGAACAAACUUUGCCCAUUUAAUGGACGAAAAUGGAAAUAUUCAGAAUUUUAUUGGAAACUCGGACAGAACUUCGAUUGUAACGAGAACAUUGUCUCCCAAAGUAGUGGCACGAUUCAUUCGUAUUCACCCAACGUCGUGGUUUACAGCAAUCGCUCUCAGAGCAGAGUUCAUUGGUUGCUACACAGAUAUGACGUGCCUAUUCCCAAGACCGCUCGGAAUGCAAAAUGGUCAAAUAAAAGAUGCUCAAUUAUCCAGUUCUUCCGUAAAACCGCACUUUUGGGAUUCACUACGUUUUACAACUGCCAAUAGCAGACUUAAUAAUAGCCCUGAAACUACUCGUUGGAAUUUUUGGCUUCCACUUGAGACGGAUACGAAUAAAUGGUUGCAAGUGGACUUUAUUGCAAACGUGACUGUCUCGGCAAUACAGACGCAGGGUCGAGAUAGAACUUAUUAUUACACAUACUGGGUGAAGUCAUAUACUGUUAGCUAUGGUUACAGUAACUCUGAUCUCGAACCGUAUAAAGAAUUUGGAAUCACUAAAAUUUUUACUGGAAACACUGAUAAACAAACCGUUGUAACCAACCAAGUAUCGCCGGCGAUUUUAACUCGAUAUAUACGAAUUUAUCCAACGACGUGCACGAUGCGGUGUGGCUUGAGAGCUGACUUCAUUGGUUGCUACGAAGAUAUCGAUACGUGCGAGUCGUCUCCUUGCCAAAAUAAUUCCACCUGUCAAGAUUCCUUCGACUUCUAUAAUAUUUUCAAAUGUAUCUGCACUCCAGGUUACACUGGAGAGCAGUGCGAGACAGAAAUUGACGAGUGCCUCUAUUAUCCCUGUCUGCACAACGGAACCUGUCAUGAUUUUGUAAACUUUUACAAUUGCUCCUGCACACGUGACUAUAAUGGUACUAAUUGUGAACACGAAAUCAUCCAUCCAAUUACAAAUCUAUCUUUGUUGCCUUCGCUGUCUGUUCAUAAAUUUGGGGAAAGCAUUCUCGUCAAAUGGGAAAUGGAUGAAGGUACUCGUGUGUCGGUGAUGGUGCACUACAAUGGUGUCCCAUGUUGCAAUGUCACCCAAUUGAUGCACGUAGGGGACCAGUGUGAUUGCCUGGUGUCGGACCCAAACCUCUUCGACCCCGAUGGGCUGGUAGACAUAGAGAUUCAUGCCUCAAACCCAGUUUCCAACGAAAUUCGCUCCGUCGCGGUGGAAGUACAAAAACUGAUCGAAAAUCCUACGAUAUCGAUGCUCACGAGUUACUCGGCAUUUGGAUCUGGGGUCGAAGGUCGUGGUAGCCUACAAAACGUGUUUCCAGCGGAAUAUCCUGUAAAAAUUAGCGCGCAGUAUCAAUAUGGACCGGCUAAAAAUACUACUUGGAUUUUUGACUGUAGCGUUUCCGGUAUAACAUUGGAAUCGCAGUUGAACGUUGAUAAAACGUUUCCAAAUGAUAAAAGCCAAUUGUGUGACGUAAAACUCACAUUAAAGAACAGCUUUAGUGAAGUGUCGACAAAUAGAUCGAUAGUCUUGAAAGAAAGUGUCAUUCUUAAUAGUUUGACCAACGACGGUCCUGUGAAACUAAACAAAACCAUGACGUUUACAAUUUCGUUGCAAAAACUAGGUUGGGAUACUUGUAUGUGGGUUGACUUAGGCGACAACAGUUCCCUUCUCGUCUACGGGGACGCCUCUUGUGAAACUAAAAUCGAUGUCUCUCAAAUCAAUCCAAAUAUAGUGGAAGAACCACGAUUGAAGUUUUUUCCUAAAAAUUCGAACACCCAACAGAUUGUCAUCACCCAUGUUUAUCCUCGUUUUGGUUCCUAUGACAUCAGGUUGAACGCGUCAAAUGAUGUUUCCAUGGCAACAGAGAGUUUAGUCGCAGUCGUACUUGCCUUAGAAUGUCGCAACCCUAAUGUUACAAUAUCAGGAUUACUCCCAAACAACUCCAAUUUACUGGACGCUGUCCAGGUCUAUCGAUCGUCCAUAGUCAUGCUUUCAACCGAAAAACAAAUAGACUGUGAAAUCACUCAGGACACCAAAGUAAUUUGGACAGUUCGCAAAUUCGACGACAACGUCAAAGCUUUAAGCACUAUUCCCGGGCUAUCCCUUUCCAAUUUGCGGAAAUCAGUUUUUCAGGCGGAUAUCGCUGCUGCCGAUUUGUUGCUGCCUUCGCGUAAUUUCCCAUAUGGUUUCUAUGAGAUCAGCGUCCGGUUGGAGAUGGAAGGUCUGCCUGACGUGUUCGGAAGCAGUUCGUUUUAUAUUGAAGUUGUUCAGACACCUUGGCUUGAGGCUAGCGUGACAAGCGGUUCGUUCUAUACCGUCCCUUAUGGAUUCAUGGGUUCUCUCAAUGCCUCGUCUUCGGUAGAUCCAGAUUUUCUCGGAACAGAUGGAAUGAAUUUCUCGUGGUACUGCAGAGAUGUUGACGACAACGAAUUUCUUCUUCCUGAACUGGAUAAAGAACCUUUGAUUGCGAUUCCUGAAAUUGACGAGGAUGCAGAAGCUGGAGACGAAGUUCAUACCAAUCUUGGUGGGUGCUUUGGAACAGGUCGGGGUCAAUUGAACACAACUGGAAUCUUUGUGGAAUUGGAUACUAGGGCGAUGAUAGAAGAUAAAACAUAUACGAUUUCUCUCGUAAUUUCGACCGACCAUCCAGAAUUUGGUCCUCGACAAGACAUCAAAAACAUUUUCUUUUAUGUGGCUAAAGGUCUUCCUCCAGGCAUAAAAACAAGCUGUAAAAUGAACUGUAAGUCCAAAAUCAACACUGACGAGAAAAUUAUCCUCGAGUCAUUUUGUGAUGCUCGUUGUUACGGCGAAUUGACGUUCCUUUGGUCGCUUUACCUGUACGAUGACGUGAACACACCGGAGCCUUAUAACUUAACGGAACUUAUUGAAAUCCCGAGGGAAGAGUUCAGUAACAUGACAUCCAACCCCGUUGAUGAGCUUGAUCUUGCUAUCAAGCCGAAUUCUCUGAAGGAAAACAAGAAAUACAUCGCAGCAUUCCGGGCAAUACGACCUAGUGGUGUUGUUGGCGAGCUGAGAUACACUUUGCUCAUGAAUUCGCCUCCGGAAAGAGGAAACUGUUCGAUAUUCCCUUAUUCUGGUAUUGCGUUGGAAACGAAUUUCACGAUCACUUGUCAGGAUUGGAUAGACCCAGACCCUCCUCUGCUCAUUCAAUUCGCGUACAUUAACAACGGAGCAAGGGUGAUAUUCGCCUACGAAACAGUCGCUUCUGGCAAGGCAGCAACCGUUGUUGAUCGACUACCAGUCGGUGACGUAACGAACGAAUUCAACCUCAACAUAAGUGUGCUAGUUCUAGAUGUCAUCGGAAGCAAGUCGGAGUAUAUUCUUACGGUCCAGGUUCGUCCUCCGCCUGAGAUGGCGGAUAUGGCGGAGUUGGAUAAGUUGAUGUCGGCAUAUUACAACAGCCUCGAACAGCUUCUUGACGCAGGAUUGAAUCAACAAGCAAUGAGUUUCAGUGCUUCCUUGGGAAUUUUACUGAAUUUAGAUGGCAACGGUACAGCAGCUGAUUCGCAACAACAGGGAAAGAUUUCUACCGAGAUGCGUUUGAAAAUCCUGGAACAGCUGGUUGGCGCAAACAUCACGGCUGAGGAUAUUUUAUCAUUAAUGCAACAAAGUAUGCUUCUCAAUUUGAUAACAGAGAAAAAGGACGACUUGCUGCCCGAAGCUUUAGACUCUUCCAUUACGCUCUGCAGCUCACUUACACAAAGUUUAAAGGAACUAUCGAAUGGCGGUGCAGGAUUCAAAGAUACUAAAAAUGCUGCCAGUACAAUUGUCGGAACGUUAGGUCAAGUUAUUUCAAAAUCGUCCGAAAACGCAAAAAAAUCUAUCUUCUGGCGAUCUAAAACAAUCGUCAGGGCAGGUGAAAAGUUCAAUGGCGCUUCUCAACACAGUUCAAGAUGUUCUCCUUGGCAAGCUUGUGACCAGCGAAGGUCCCUUGACGUUGGAAACACCAUCGUUGUCCAUUCAAGUUGAGAAAAUAAAGAUUAAAAGUAUUGGUGGACACAAAAGCACUUUGGGAAAAUGCGGCUUCACACCUCCUUCGCCACA